UACCGGGCUGUUUUUCCACCGUGUCUCGACGUCUACUCUUCCGUAGGCGACGCAGGCUCCUCCGAGAGAGGCGGAUUCGCUGCCAUGGCCUCCGUGCCGUCCGCUGGCUGCCUCCUGGCCAAGAACCAGUACUACAGGAGGCCAAGACAGAAUUCAGAAUCCAGUGUUUCUUCCAGUUCCUCCUCCUGCUUGGAUACUGUGAACACAACAGACCAGGACAAAGCAUUUCAUGGGUUACCUGAGUUAAUUGAUAAAUAUUGGUGGAUAAAAAGCUUCUUCCAUAGUGAACCAUCUCCACCAGCUGUUGGCAGAAAAACACUAUCAGCAAGCAGUACCAAUAGUUGAGUAGGACAGCAUGCUGGCUUUUCUGAACUGAGAUACUACAUACAAACAUGUUUUUCCAAGAGGCUUGGGAUGUUCCUCGUGUCGGCUUCAGGUGCAAGAAGAAAACAAAACCUUUUGGAGAGUGGAAGAGACUUAUUUUCAAAAUAUUUGU